AUGAACGAUAGCUUGAGUUUGAAUUGGUCCAGUAUUGCCGCAUCCAACGAGACUAUCACCUACAUCCGAACCACAUACCUCUUUCCGAUUCAUUGUUACGACGUUUUCGUCGUCAUUAUGCUAUUGAGUUGGAGUUUAGUGAGUUCGUUGUUUAUCGUACUUUGUCUUUAAAAUGAUUUUUGAAAGGUUUGUAUGCGGUUUUGAUAAGAAAUGGCAGUUUUUUGAGCGAAAAGGCACUCGGGUUCGAAUCCGCUUGAGUGCAAAUGAAAGAAAUGGGCUGUAAAGAAAGUUCUUGCAUAUUUUUUGAAAAUUUGUAUUGAGUCUGUAUUGGGAAAGGUCGUGGCUGUUUUCUCACAAAAUUUGAAAAAUUUACAGUAAGAACUACAGUAGUUAUUAAUUAAAAAUGGCAGCCGGUUUCGAAUCCGCUUGAGUGCAAAUUUAAAAAUUGCGCUGUAAAGAAAAUUUUUGCAUGUUUUUUGAAAAUUCGUUUUGAGGUGCAGAUUUUCAAAGGUCUUGGCUGUCUUUUUCACAAAAUUUGAAAAAGUUACAGUAUGAAAUACAGUAGUUUUGAAGCUUUAAAGUCAGCCGGGUUCGAAUCCGUCUGGGUGCAAAUGACAAAAAUUGAGCUGUAAAGAAAGUUCUUGCACACUUUUCAAAAAUUUUUAAAUUUUAGUAUUUUUCAGGCCAUAAGCUACAUUUUCCUAAGACUGUAUACUGUAAUCAAUGGCUCGCCCAGCUCGUACCUCGAACAGACCACCGUGCAGCUGAUGAUGGCCGGCGAAUUCGACAACCCCACGGACUUGUUGACAUUCAUCGCGCUGAACACGUACCUAAUCAAAAUGCGCCGCAACAACCUACGGUUACGGAAGAAACAACAACUAACACUGACGACCUGCGACGACGCCACGAAUACAACAAUAACACGCGCCGAGCCGGCUGCCCCUAACAAUUUGUAA